CUCCUCCCAGCAACUGCCCUCCCCAAUUGCUCCGCUUCGGCCUUUCGGUGAGCGUCGAGAGUGUGUCCGUGUCUGACCGUUUGGAAACUGUUCGCCGGGGUCUGAAUUGCCGUCUCUGCUGCGUCUCGUGGGCGAUUGAUUGAUCGAUUGAUUCAUUGCUUGGUUGGUUGAUCUCCACCGUGCGAUUGAUCAUCCCCUCGACUCGCCCUCUUGUCUUCGGCAUAUACGCUUCUACGAAGGACCUCUAUACUACCUAAGCUACCUAUACAUAUACCGAUACCGAUACUCUCGCCUCGAAUCCUCAACCUCUCCUCCAACCUCUCAAUCCGACAAAAUGUCCACCCCAUCACCACCAACAGAACCGCAACCGCCCAAAAAAUACAACCUCCGCAACCCCCUCCCCCUCUCCGCCGCCCAAGAAGCAGAAGUCAAGCAAAUAUACUACAAGCGCGUGCGGGCCCUCUGUGCGCCUGAAAUCAAAGCCUUCGCCGAAUGCGCCGUCAACCGCACGGUAACGGCCACGUGGGUAUGUCGGACGCAACGACUCGCGAUGAACUCGUGCAUGGUGGCGCACGCGAAACCGGAAGAGGAGGAUCGCGCGCGCGAGGAGUGGUUUGCGACGCAUGGGGAGCGGAAAAAGGCCAAGGAGGAGGAGCUCGCUGGCGUCGAGAAGCGGAGAGAGGUCGUCAUUAAGAUGAUGAGGGAGGAUGAGGAGAGGAAGAGGAGGGGGAAUUGACCUUCUUCCCCCUUCUGUUUCUCUUUCUUCUCGAGAUUGGGGGGGUGUGAGUGUUUGAUAGGGUUACUUGCUGCUUAGACGGAGAGAGGACGUGACCUACGCCCGGAGAUGUAUAUUGGGCAUGGCGUUUUUGUUUUGCUGCUUCUUGAAGCUUUUGCUUAGCAUGGGAUUUUCUUUCCGUUUUUUCGGGUCUGUCCUGUUUAGUUGAUGGACCUUGUUGUAUGUAUGUCUGCAUGGUGGAACUUGUAUUGUACAGUAGAUCAUCUCAC